GCCCUCCCUUCAUCGUGUCCCCCCCUGAGAACAUCACAGUGAACAUCUCGCAGGACGCCUUCUUCACUUGCCAGGCGGAGGCCUACCCUCGCAACCUGACCUACACCUGGUUCUGGGAGGAGGACAACGUCUUCUUCAAGAAUGACCUGAAGCGCAGAGUCAGUAUUCUCAUUGACGGUUCCCUCAUCAUUGCCCAAGUCAAGCCUGAGGAUUCUGGGAAAUAUACCUGUGCUCCUAGCAACAGCCUGGGCCGACCACCAACUGCCUCUGCCUUCCUAACAGUGCAAU